AAAAAAAUUAAAUAUUCCCUUUUUAUUUGGCAGACUUAUCCGAGAUUAGAUUCGUCCGUCAUUCGCUUGCCAAUUGAUAACAAAAUUUAUUGGAAAAUAAUCCUAAAAACCGAGUUACGUCAACGCAAUAUCACUAAACUGAGAAAAAAAUUUAAGAAAAGAUGGAAAUCAAAUUAUUCAAAUUAUUAGAAGCAUCAAAUGUAGACCUGGAAGAAGUCAAAGCUCUGAUAGACGAAGGUGUCGAUAUUAAUUGCGUAAACAAAGAAGGAUCGACACCAUUUCUUCAUCUUAUGGAGGGAUGCAGCACUAAAACGAAUUUAAAAGAAACCAUGCAGUUUUUGAUCAACAACAAAGUCAAUGUCAACAGCAAAGACAAAGAUGAGUGGAACGCCCUUCAUUUCUUGUGCAGGCUUUAUGGAAAACCAGAUUUGAUUGACUUAAUUCAAAUGUUGGUUAAACACGGAAUUGACGUCGACUCAACUGAUAACAAAGGACAAAAUGCUCUUCAUUUCGUGUGCGAUAAUUACAAAAAAGAUAAUCUAACUGAAAUAAUUAAAGUAUUAAGUGAAAACGGAUUAAAAGUCGAUACCAAGAACAAGAUAGAAUGGAAUGCCCUUCAUAUUGUUUGCCGAUUUUACGAGAAAGAGAAUUUGAUUGGUGUAGUUCGAUUGCUGAUUGAAAAAGGAAUUGAAGUAAAUAGCACCAACAACUACGAAGAUACCGCCCUUAUCACGUUGUGUCGAUAUUACAAAUUUAAUGAAUGGAUCGAGAUAAUUCGCCUGUUCAUUGAACACGGAAUCGAUGUCAGAAAGACAAACUAUGAAGGAUGGAAUGCUCUGCAUAGCAUAUGCAAAACAGUACAUAAAGAACUAAACUUAAUUGACGAAAUUCGGGUCAUGAUCGAAAAUGGAAUUGACGUCAACUCGACUAACGACGGUGGCUGGAAUGCCCUUCAUAUUUUAUGUCAGAAUUACAAGAAAAAGAAUUUGAUAGAAAUUAUUCGCCUUUUUAUCCAAAACGGAAUUGACGUCAGCUCGACUAACGACGGUGGCUGGAAUGCCCUUCAUAUUUUAUGUCAUAAUUACAAGGAAGAAAAUGUUAUUGAAAUUAUUCAGAUUUUUAUCCGAAAUGGAAUUGACGUCAACUCGGCAAACGACGACGGGUGGAAUGCAUUGCAAAUUUUGUGCCAAAACAACAAAAAUGACAAUUUGAUUGACAUUAUUCGGCUUUUUAUUCAACACAAAAUUGACGUUAACUGGAAGAACAACAAAAAAUGGAACGUUCUUCAAUUGUUAUGUAAAAACUAUUCCAACGAUAAUCUCAUCAACAUUGUCAGACUUCUAAUCGAUAACAAAAUUGAUGUCAAUCACAAAGCAAACGGAGGAAAUGCCCUUCAUUUAUUGUGUAGAUAUUACCCAAAUGAAAAUAUUAUCGACAUGUUUAAGCUGUUGAUUACCAACGGAAUAACCGUGAAACAGAAUGGCGUCGAUCCGCGAAUUCUUAUCCGUCAAAACCGCAAUCAAGAAAAUAACUCAGUGCCCUUCAAUUUCUUAAUCAAUAUUUGUAGCUCAGAUAAAAUGACUUUUCAUACUUCUUCGUGUAAACUGCAAGGAUAUAAACGUCAACGACAUAAACCAAUGGACAAUCUAAUUUUGUAACUAAUGAAUGAGAAUUGGACCAAACAAUCUGAAUCUAAAUUCGAGGCAUGAACACAUGUAGAGAAAUGCAUGGAAAUAACUACUGUUUAAUUAUGAAUAACGUCCGAACAAUUUUAAUCAGACCGCAAAAAAAAAAAAUGAGCCAUGCCUUAUCAACUUGUCAUGUUUGCUUGCUCUCGUCGUUGAAUUACAGAUGGCAUUAGAAUCUAUCGAUAGCAGUUAGCAGUCUAUUCGUUGAGUGCUGGCUAUGCUAUUUUACUCCGGUUUUAAGGAUUAGACCAUUAUCGCAUCCUGUUUGUAUUUUGGCAAACAUAACAAUUCAGAAACGUUUGAUGACUAUGUAAUGUCCCACGCAAUUGAUGCCCAUUCUUCAUUUCUGUACACUCCACAACAAUAAUAAUAAUGUCGAUAAAAAUUUGUCAGACAGAAGCUACACCCUGAAGGACGCAUUUUCACAAACCCAAUAUAUAUUUUAUUUGAAGUAAAAUUUACAAAGUCAGUCAAUUGAAAGGCAAAGUGUUUCCCGGAGUCGCUACAGCGUUGUAAGUACCGCAAUUAGCCAAUUAGCAGAGCAUAAGCAAGUUCUCAGGUUUGACGUUUGCUGCUGAUAACGAAAUAUCACAAACAUCUAAUAUUGACUUAGUUUUUUAUCUGUUAACCGUUCUUUUUACCGUGGUCGUUUUCCGACAUUACAAGUACGUGCAACAUUACGCGGGGCGUUUUCUACGUUCUAGCAGAGGUACCACUCAGUUGCAUGAAAUUAUCUCAACUAAUAGCUAGUCGUGAGUUUGUUCGAUUCCAUUAAGUUUCUGUUGCAGAAAAAAACCAAAGCAAAAUACAAUUUGAAGUACACGACAAGAAACCUGUUAUAAAAAACUGAAACGGUCUUUGUGUCCUACAGUUUCAAUUGUUUCGAUAAAUUUGUGACGAAAUGCAGGAAUUGCAAAGCAUAGAGUUAGACGAACGUUAUCUAAUAGGACAUGGUGGUUCCGGUAAGGUUUUUUUCGGUAGAUUUGAAGGAAAAAAAGUUGCCGUGAAAAGAGUUGACUUAAUGGACACUGACGAACGAGAAGAAGAGGCUCUAAAAAAGUUAAACCACUUGAACGUCGUCAAACUCUAUCAUGUCGAAAGUCACAAAGUAUUCAAGUACUUUGCUUUAGAAUUAUGCGACGCAUCACUGGAUCAGCUGUUUCUUAAAGAUGGUCAUUCCAAAAAAUAUAAAGGACCACCAUUACCUCACCAUUUUACAGUUUUGCUGCAGUUGGCUUCUGGUCUCGAGCACAUUCAUUCAAAAAACUUGAUUCAUCGAGACAUUAAACCAGAAAAUGUUCUCAUUCACAUUGGGUCUGAUGAAACGGUAACAAUGAAAUGGGCUGAUUUUGGGCUCUCCAAGCCAGUGAAUGAGCGAGGGACUUUCACGUUGAGCGGAUUAAGAGGAACAGCAAAUUGGAUGGCACCAGAAUUGCUGAACAGCUUUGGAGACAAUGAGGGACCAAUAAGAGGAACCAUUAGAAGUGACAUAUUUGCAGAAGGACUCGUUUUAGGCUAUUUUCUCGCUAAUGGCCUUCAUCCUUUUGGCUCUGACGAUUUCAAAGUGGCUUCAAACAUAAAAAAAAAUAAACCAGUCCAUUUGAAAAAAAUUCAACCACCAUCCGCUCAGGAGUUAAUAAUAAAAAUGUUGGAAAAUAAUCCCGAAAACAGAAGUACAUCAACAGAAGUCGUUCUGCAGAUAGAAAAAAUAAAAGAGAUGGAAAUCAAACUAUUCAAAUUGUUGGGAGCACCAUAUGUAGACUUGGAAGAAGUCAAAUCUUUGAUAGACGAAGGUGUCGAUAUCAAUUGCGCUAAUGAAGAAGGAUUCACACCAUUUCUUCAUCUUAUAAAGGGAUGCAACACGAAAACCAAUUUGAAAGAGACUAUGCAGUUUUUAAUUGAAAACAAAAUCCAUGUUAACAGCAAAGACAACGAUGGAUGGAACGCCCUUCAUUUCUUGUGCAGGCUUUACGGAAAACCAGAUUUGAUUGACUUAAUUCAAAUGUUGGUUAGAAGCGAAAUGAGCGUUGCCUCAACUGACAAUGAAGGACGAAAUGCUCUUCAUUUAUUAUGUAAACAUUACAGACUAAACAAUCUAGACGCCAUUAUCGUCAUUUUGAUUGACAAUGGAAUAGAUGCCAAAAGUUAUACCAAGGAAAAUUUGAAUGCCCUUCAUUUUUCAUGUAUAUACUACGGACGAGAAAAUUUGAUUGGCGUAGUUAAACUGCUAAUUGAAAGAGGAAUCGACGUAAAUUUGAAAAAUAAUUCUGGAGAAACCGCUCUGCAAGCAUUGUGUCGAAAUUAUCGAUACGCUAAGUGGAUUAAGAUAAUUCAAAUGCUAAUUCAAUCUGGGACGGAUGUCAACAACAGAAACUACGAAGGAUGGAAUGCACUACAUACGAUAUGUAAAUCAAACCAUUACAAUCGUGACUUAUUUAAAGAAAUUCGGCUCUUAAUUCAUCAUGGAAUUGACGUUAGCUCGACCAAUGACUAUGGCUGGAAUGCCCUUCAUAUUUUAUGUCAAAAUUACGGGAAAGGAAAUUUGAUAGAAAUUAUUCGCCUUUUAACCCAAAAUGGAGUAGACAUCAACUCGACUUAUCAUGGCGACUGGAAUGCCCUUCAUAUUUUAUGUAGGAAUUACAAGAAAGAAAAUUUAAUUGAAAUUAUUCGCCUUCUUAUCCAAAAUGGAAUUGAAGUCAACUCGACUAACGACGUCGGCUGCAAUGUGCUUCAUAUUUUGUGUAAAAAUUACGGGAAAGGAAAUUUAAUCGAUAUUAUUCGCCUUUUGAUCCAAAACGGAAUUGAUGUCAACUCCACUAAUGAAGACGGCUGGAAUGUCCUUCAUAUGUUAUGCAAAAAUUACAAGAAAAAAAAGGUAGCUGAUAUUAUUCACCUUUUAAUCCAAAAUGGAAUUAAGGAAAACUCUGCGACGACAAAUGGAAUGCAUUGCGGAUUUUGUGCCGAAGCUAUAAAAAUGGCAAUUUGAUAUAUAUAUGUUUCGGCUUUUUAUUCAACAGAAAAUUGACGUCAACAUUCUAACGAUAACCUCAUCAACACUGUACAACUUCUAAUCGAAAAAAAUAUUGAUGACAAUCACACGGCAAACGGAGGAAAUGCCCUUCAUUUAUUGUGUAAAUAUUAUCCAAGUGAAAAUAUUAUCGACAUAUUCCAGCUGUUAAUUACCAACGGAAUAGUCAUGAAAUGUGGAAUGGCGUCGAUCCGAGAAUCUUAAUCCGUAAAAAACCGCAAUCAAGACAAUAACAGCAAUGCCCUUCAAUUUCUUAAUCGAUAUUUGUUCAGAUAGAAUGACAAACACUUUAAUUUCCGUGGUAAAAAAUUAAAUCGGCUAGAAGCGAAAUUGAUCGUAAUUUAAUUCCUCGAUAAACAUAUGUUUAUUUGAGCCGAGAUUAUAAAAAAAAAUUUGAAUAUUGAACGAAAUAAGGAAUCAUUCGAAAAUUUGCAAAAAAACUUGAAUUUUCGUUUCGUUAGCUUCCGUUAAAAUAUUAUACAAAAAUCACUCAUCAUUCAACUAGUUAUCAAUGAAACCUGUUAGCUGUAAAAAAUUAGAACAACCAUAAUCCCAGCAUUUGCUAUGAAAAUACAUAACAUUCGCCGAAGGGUUUUGAAAUGAAUUUUGUUGACGAAUGCAA